GUCAUCUCAAUAUUUGCAUUGCACUAAACUUACUAAUACACCAUGGGAUCGUUAUGGUCUCUUGUUUUUCAAACACAUUUUCUUUUUCUUUUUUCAUUGCUCUUCUCAUUGUCCACUAUCAUAAACGGUCACCAAUGUCAUGGAACUGAAAGCAAUGCUUUGUUGCAGUUUAAGGAAAGCUUUGUGAUUAGUAAGUUUGCUUCUUAUAAUCAUUUUAGCUAUCCCAAAACUGUUUCUUGGAUGCCAAGCAUAGAUUGCUGCUCUUGGGAUGGUAUCGAAUGCGACGAGGUCACCGGUCAUGUGAUUGGCAUUGAUCUGAGUAGCAGCCAGCUGUAUGGAUCAAUAGAUGCUAAUAGCAGUCUGUUUUCUCUUGUAAACCUUCAAAGCCUUGAUCUUUCUGACAAUAACUUCAACCACUCUCAAAUUCCAACCAAGAUAGGUAACUUUUCACAACUAAGAUACCUCGAUCUUUCUCAUGCUAGCGAGACAACGUUUUCCGGUGAAAUCCCGCCAGAGGUUUCCCGUUUGUCAAACUUGUUGUCUCUUGAUCUAAGUAGCUUUACUGUGUUAGAUCCUCCUGAUGAUCCACUUAACAACCAAUUGCUACUCAGCAUAUCCACUCUAAGAAGCUUAGUUCAAAACACAAUUAGGCUUGAAGAACUUCAUCUUAGUUGUGUAAAUAUUUCAUCAUCUGUGCCCGAUGUACUCACAAACCUCACAUAUCUGCAAAGUCUUGAUCUUUCCCAUUGUGACCUGUAUGGUGAAUUUCCAGUUGGAAUAUUCCAUCUUCCAAACUUGACAACUUUGGUUUUGGCUGAAAACCAUAACCUUAAUGGUGUGAUUCCUGAUUUCCAGUCAAGGGCACUCGUUAGCAAGUUGAUUAUCCCUGCAACAAAUUUUGGAGGUAGAAUACCAACAUCCAUUGGUAAUCUUACUUCUUUAAAAUGGUUGUCCAUUGCAGAAUGCAAUUUCCAAGGAUCUGUUCCUUCUUCGUUCGGCAACCUCAAUCAGCUGGUGCAUCUAAACCUUUUUUCCAGCGGGUUAACCAUUGGAACCUUCCCAGAAUUUUUUGUGAAUCUCACCCAGCUAUCUUACUUAAACUUAGGAAGAUGCAACUUAACUGGUGAGAUACCAUCUUGGAUAAUGAACCUAACAUCUUUAAAUCACUUGCGUCUUUACAACAAUACAUUUCAUGGUGAAAUCCCACACUCUCUUUUAAGAAUGGACAAUCUUACAACUGUUGAUCUAGAAUCCAACUGGUUGCAAGGGAAACUAGAGCUUGGAUUGUUUUUGAAGAUGAGAAGGCUUUCUUACCUUUAUUUGUCUUACAACAAACUAUCUUUGCUCAACAAAAAAGGUUCCUUCAAUGCUACCCUUUCCCCACUUGAGGUCUUAUACUUGGAGCAAUGCAAUUUAACUGGUGGAAUUCCAACUUGGAUAAUGAACCUAACUGGCUUGCAGGAGUUGGCUCUUGAUGAAAAUUACCUUCAAGGUGAAAUUCCUCACUCUCUGUUUUCACUAGAGAAUCUUGCAACACUUUCUCUUAGUGAUAAUUCGUUGGAAGGAAAGUUUGAGAGUGACAUGUUUUUGCAGUUCAAAAUGCUUAUUUAUCUUUCUUUAUCCGACAACAAACUCUCUUUGCUCCCGGGGAAAGGUUCUUCCAAUGGAACCCUUCUUCCAUUAGAAGUUGCAGGUUUGAAUUCAUGUAAUUUGGUUGAGUUCCCAUCUUUUUUGCAACACUUGGAUCAUUUGGAAUCUCUGAGCUUAUCAAACAAUAAUUUCAUGUCAGUAGUACCUGACUGGAUUUGGGAGAAAAAAAGUCUUCAAAAUUUGGCCAUUGCCAAGAGUUCAUUGACAGGAGAAAUAUCUCCAUUGAUCUGCAAUAUAAAAUCACUUGUGGUGCUUGAUCUGGCGUAUAACAACUUAAGUGGCACCAUUCCAUCAUGUUUGGGAAGCUCUAGCCAAUCUCUUCAAAUCAUGAAGCUAAAAGGGAACAAAUUGUUUGGCCAUCUUCCUCAAACAUAUGUCAUGGGAAGUGCACUUAAGAUGAUUAAUCUCGCUGACAACAAUUUGCAAGGCCAGCUGCCAAGAGAAUUGGUCAAUUGUAGAAUGCUUGAGUUUCUUGACGUGAGCUAUAACGUGAUCAAUGACUCGUUUCCCUACUGGUUGGGAUCACUUCCUGAGCUGAAAGUUAUCGGCUUACGUUUUAAUGAAUUUCAUGGAACUAUUAAUUGUCCAAGUAUAUGCACAUUUCCAAAGCUUCACAUUCUUGAUCUUUCCCACAAUAAAUUCUCUGGAAAUUUGAUUCCAAAGAUGAUCAAGAAUUUGAAGUCCAUGACAACUUCCAACAUAAGUCAAUUAAAAUAUGAGGAUUCGACUGUCAAUAUUGUGGGAAAAAAUUGGCUUACUUAUGUUACCUAUUCAUUCACAAUGUCUAACAAAGGGGUUGUCACGGAUUAUGAGCGACUUCAGGAACUAUUUUACUGCAUGGUAGCCAUUGAUAUUUCAAAUAACAGAAUUUCAGGAGAGAUUCCAUCUGUUUUGGGGGAUCUCAAGAGUCUUGUUUUGUUCAACAUGUCCAAUAACUUCUUUACUGGUGAGAUUCCAUCUUCCUUUAGAAAGCUCACAAACCUUGAAGCACUUGAUCUUUCCCUCAAUAGUCUGUCGGGAAAAAUUCCCCAAGAAUUAGCAGAACUCACCUUUUUGGAGUUUUUCAAUGUGUCCUUUAACAAACUCUCAGGUCCUAUACCAGAAAACAAUCAAUUUUCCACGUUUGAAGGCAACUGCUUCGCGGGAAACCAAGGCCUGUGUGGGAUUCAGUUGAAGAAGAAAUGUGAUGGUAAUUGGUUUUUCCCGACAAGACUUGAUAGUGAUUAUGACUUAGGAUCUAUCAUUGAAUUCGAUUGGAAAAUAAUUCUGAUCGGAUACGGAGGAGGAGUUGUUGCUGGACUGGCACUUGGAAAUGCUUUCGGUUUAGAUAUUCUUGCAUGGUUAAAAAGUAAGAAAUUACUUUGCUAGAUUGCUUUUCUUACCCCUUUUAAGUCCUGUAGUAGUCUGUUUUGUAGUAAGAAUUUCCUAUAUGCUCUUGUAAUAUGUGUAAGCCAUUAAAAGUGAUAUAGUAAUAAAAGGUUUGAAUAAUAAAAGAGUUCUUAUGUUAACCUCACUGUUUAAAAUUUAAGAGAAGAGUCUUUUAUAGAGCAAUGAUACGAGGAAUAGAUGCAAGUCUGCUCUUACUAUUUUUACUUGUGCGGUGGAAACAUCAUGUCAAGGAAAAUGAGGAUACAAAAUCCUGUUUAUAGCAGUGUAUUUUGACCAUGCAAAAAUGGAAUAAUACAUAUAUCGGUCUAUAGCAUGAAUCACAUGCUCGGAGGAGGAAAAAGA